AUGUCACCAGCGACAGUUCUAGGUAAGGCUGGUCCUCAGCUCACUGGCGGUGCCAUCGUUAGCUAUGGAAUUCAGGAUAUAAUGGUGACCCGGUAUGAUGUACUCGUGUGCGCCGGACGGCUGAGUUGGGAGAUCCCACAUUCUUCUGGGGCAGGCUUUAUGCGUCAGGACACCGUGAUCACAAGACAUGACAUCAAAUUCGAUACCGAACGAACGCUCAUUUAUCGUCAGGAUAUUUCUGAAAACGCCCAUAAUCUCGCAGACGAGUCAAACCUUGAUGCCAGGGCGGAACUGGGUACUUUUCGCCGUGACUUUGCGCAAAGUGGUAGUGUCACUACGGCCAUGACUUCCGCCACUGGUAAACCUGAGUAUGCGCCGGUGUCCCGUCCAAAUGCGGUAGCAUCAUCGAAACCUCGAGUUCGUCUAGAUUGCGCCAUUCAAGAAUCUGACGGGCUCUCUACCGUGGUUAGCGCUGCUGAAUACUCUGCAAGCGAGCAACGCACUCCGGUCCGUUCGUUCGGUGGAUCCAAAAUCACAGGGUUUCGCGAGGCGGUCAAUGUCGAUCACCGGAGCGAAUAUAGCAGUCUACCGCCUGAACCUCCAGCUCAAUCGGCACAUGCGGGUUUUGUCCAGGAUGUCUUGCCGCUUCGAAGACAUCCAAACGCUGGUAUCACUGCUUCCACGCCUGUACUAGCGAUUUUGGGCAUGUCGAUCAGUAUUAUCAAUGGGCAUAUCCUGUUGCCAAGGCACAUGUAUGGCAAAGUGAUGUGCAGGACAACAAAUAUCAGUCAAUGGAUACCCCAAGUCGUGUUCUACAACCCCCUACAACCCCCUACAUUUCCAUCCACUGAUCCACCCCCAGCUCAGAGCUCUCUCGUUAGCGGUCAUACAGAUAUCGAUCUACGUUCGACUCGUUAUUCAAAUCAUGGCGUGUCAAAGGGUCCCACCGAGACGUCCUACGAGGACGGAAACACGACCACCUUGGAGGAGCAGCUUGUCUCCCGAACAACUUUUGGCACCGAGGCGCAAACUUGUGAUGGUGCCGAAAGCGAUGUAGUUGCCAGCGAGCUUCCCGCGCCAAUCGCCAUCGAUCCGUCGAACGCCGGGAUCGUGACGGGCGAAGUCGAUGUUCUUCCUGACCCUGUGCGACACGUCACUUCUAUGUCUCAAGCCAAGGAGAAGCCUGGUCAAGUCUCAUCAGCGGAUCGUUUCGUUGGUCAGGUGUUGGGUGUGGUUGGGAAGCUUCCGAAGGUAACAGGCAUGAGAGGGGCUCUCGCGAAGGUUCAACCGACUUCUUCACCCGCAUGUACUGAAGUUGGAGGGAAGCUUUCGAGACAUAUUGAGAAGCAUCGGUGGCUUGUAGUCAAAGUGGCUUUCCUGAUCAGCGAAAGCUUGUGGGCAAUAACUGAAAACAUAGAAUCGAUCGUGAUCUUCAAAAAGGACAAGCAAACGGAUGAGAUACAUUACUGA